CGAGCGAGACGCGUGCGCUUCUCGACCUCAAGACAACUUCCUUUGGAGAGGGCCGGGGACAAUAGACGGCAAUGACGACAUCGACGUCGAGCAGUGAAAGUGCAGAGGGCGCUGUCGUCGUAGCGAGGACCAAGAAGAGCCCGUCUUCACUGCUCGUGCCCUCACUAUCGACGAUUCUCUUGUGCGGCCUCGCGCUCCGACUGGCAGUCUUCCUCGUCCCAGACCUAAGUGCGAUCCCUGCGCUUCUCGAGAGGAGACCAGAACUAAGCACCCCCGUGAGCAGCUACCUCACCUUCAAAGAGGCUCUGCACCUGCGAAAACUGUACAUCGACUCAACGGCGUCCGCUGCCACAAAGCUGCCCAAGCCGUACCAGAGCGGCACUCUGUACACGCCCCCUCUACUUCUGGCCUUCCUCGGACCACUUCUCGAGUCUAGAUCAGCAGAGGCCUUCAAUCUCAUCACAGCUCUCGUCUGGUCGAUUGCGGACUUGAUCACGGCCGCUUGUCUGGCCGACGCAUACUCCCGUCGAGUCCAGUCACUUGUCCAUCCCAGCAAGACGCGAAGGGAAGAGAAUGGAAAGGGAGCGGCGAGAGGACUGGCAAAUGGGCAAGAGGAUGCUCUGCUCAAGUCUUGGAGCCCCUCAAAGGAGACCAUCGCCGCCCUCUAUCUCUUCAAUCCUUUCACCCUCGGCACUUGUUGGGCAAGGUGCACCACGGGACUAAAUAACUGCUUCGUCGUCCUGGCGAUCGAUGCAGCCUUGGCUGCGUCACCGAUAAUUUUGGCCGUGUCGAUCGCAACAGCCGCCUUGCUGUCCCUCUAUCCGGCGCUACUAUUGCCUGCACUCUUCUUGCUCUGCGCGCAACAGGCCACUUCGUCGAAUCAACGACGAAGACAUGCAAAAGACCGGCAUGAACAUCAGUCACGGUCAUUCGGGGCUACUCUUGCACUUUGUGUCUUUCUGACGCUUGUCGUUCUCGCCAUACUGGUUCACAUCAGCUUUCUCGCCGCUGCCAUGGACUGGACCUUUAUCGAUCGGGCGUACGGAACGAUCCUCCUCGUCCCAGAUCUCUCGCCAAACAUUGGCCUAUGGUGGUACUUCUUCAUCGAGAUCUUCGACCACUUUCGUUCCUUUUUCCUCUUGGCCUUCAAUGUGCACCUUGCCAGCUACGCAGUGCCGUUGACAAUCAAGUAUCGGCAAGACGAAUUAUUCGCAUUGACGGCUUUCCAAGGGCUGAUUUCUACCUUCAAGUCCUACCCGACAAUGUCGGACGCCUCCCUCUUCCUCUCGCUCCUCUCACUCUCUCCUCAGCUGUUCCCUUACUACCGCUAUCCGCUCGUCUCGCUGCUCCUCUACACCUACGCCACGCUUCUCCUGCCCGCCCUUCAUCAUCUUUGGCUCAAUGCUGGGUCGGGAAACGCCAAUUUCUUCUACGCAAUUACCCUCGUCUGGGCAUUGGCGCAGGGCGCCACGACACUCGAUGCAAUGUGGGCGUGGGGCCGAUGGAGAUGGGAGCUGGAAAGGCCGAAAAUGGACCCUAUUCUUGCGCCGAAAAGGAGCGCAAAGAGGAGAGUUGUGCAGUUGUAGCCACUUCCUGAAAAAAAUACGAGUCAAAUGACAUAGAAAGGG